AUGCCAGGAUUGAAUGGCAAAUGGAGUUCCCUCAUUUUUGUCGUCUGGACCGUUAGUUGCGCAUUUAUAUUUUGUGAGUAUUUGAUAUAUUAUCCGGCAAUUUUUCAGUGCUCUUGGCCAGAGAUGGAUCGUGCACCAAGCGGGGAAAGCAGGGACCGGGAGCCUGUUCCAAUUCUGCGCGCUUUGAUCCUGUCGGAUACACAUCUCUUGGGAGCUAUCAGGGGACACUGGUUCGACAAACUCCGAAGGGAAUGGCAGAUGGAGAGGGCCUUCCAGACGGCGAUGUGGCUACUGCGACCAGAGGUGGUCUUCAUCCUUGGAGACGUCUUCGAUGAGGGAAAGUGGAGUUCUACAAAGGACUGGGACGAUGACGUCCGCCGCUUUCGCAAGAUGUUCCGCCACCCCAGAGACACGGAGCUGAUCGUUCUGAUUGGGAACCAUGACAUCGGCUUCCAUUCCGAGAUGAACUGGUACAAGCUGCAUCGCUUUGAGAAGGUCUUCAAUGUCACCUCAGCCACAAUGGCCACUAGGAAAGGAGUCAACUUCCUGCUGGUGAACAGUGUGGCCUUGCAUGGGGACGGAUGCGCAAUCUGCCAGGCUGUAGAGACUGAGCUUCUUCGCCUUUCCCAGGACCUCAACUGCUCUCUGGAGGCAGACCCCAUGGCAGAAGACUGCAGAGACGCUCGGUGGUUCCCCUUCUCUCGGCCCAUCAUUCUACAGCAUUUCCCUCUGUACCGAGUCAGCGACGCCACCUGCACAGGACAGGACGCCUCCCCGCCCGGACAGCGCCACCUGCUGUUCAAAGAGCAGUACGACGUGCUCUCUAAGGAAGCCUCGCGAAAGCUUCUCUGGUGGUUUCAGCCCCGCCUCAUACUGAGUGGCCACACCCACAGCGCCUGUGAGUUUCUCCAUGCAAACAAGUACCCAGAGAUCAGCGUUCCCUCAUUUAGCUGGAGAAACCGCAACAACCCCAGCUUCAUCCUGGGCUCCUUCUCCUCUGCCAGCUACAUGCUGUCCAAGUGCUUCCUCCCUGAGGAGAGCACGGUUAUCGCCGUCUACUGCAGCGCCGGGGCGGCCAUCCUGCUGCUGCUGGUGCUGCUGAACCUCCACACUGUCCGCUGCACCCUGCAGCUCGCCGGCUGCCUGCUGGCCAAGCACAAAUACGUCUGACUCUGCCCCCUGGCCCCUCUGGACCUAUAGAAGCACACACACACUCCCAACCCUUGUGGAUCUAUAGAAGCACACACUCACACCCAACCCCUGUGGACCAAUAGAAGCACACACCUAACUCCCAACCCCUGUGGACCAAUAGAAGCACACGCACACGCUCCCAACCUCUCUAGCCCUUCAAUGGACACAAGCAUCCUCCUUACCUUUCUCCAUGUAGACAUACCCUGCCACUUACUCCCAUGAGGACCAAAAGAAGCACACACCCACUUUCCUCCCUGUGGACCAAUAGGAGCACACACAGCCUCCCACCUUCCUCCCUUUGGACCAAUAGGAGCACAUGUACCCUCCCACCUUCCUCCCUUUGGACCAAUAGGAGCACAUGUACCCUCCCACCUUCCUCCCUUUGGACCAAUAGGAGCACAUGUACCCUCCCACCUUCCUCCCUGUGGACCACAUACCCUCCUAACGUUCCCAUUGUGAACCAAAAAAAAGCACACAUACCCUCCCCUCCCCCCUUCCCAUGGACCAAAAGCAGCACACAUACCCUUCCACCUUCCUCACUGAGGACCAAGAAAAGUACACACACACACCCUCCCA